AGUUGAUUGGCGCGAGAAUUUUGUGCCGCGGUUUUCGUUUUCCGCGCAGAUGGUUGGAUCGGUUGAUCUUGAGGGCACUGAGUUGUCCACAGUCCCCAGUUUCUGGGAAUGUAGGGAGUACCAGCGCACAGUCAGGCGCGUGGAGACUUCCAACAAACUAUGUAACGAGCUUGCUCAGAUGAUUCAAGAGCGGGCAGAAGUGGAGAGAGCGUACGCCGCAAAUUUGAAGCGCUGGUCCUCGAAAUGGCUGAGUUUUCUUGACUCAGGGCUGGAAUACGGCUCAGGUGCAUCAGCAUGGAAGGGAUUGUGUGUCGAAGCAGAUGCUGUUUCAAACGCGCAUAAGAGUGUACAAACCCAGCUCAUCGACGAACUUCUCACCGGACUCAAGCACUGGCAAAAAGAGCAUUUCCACAAAACUCCCCUUCCUCCACAUGGCCUGAAGGAGGCGAAACUAUUUGAGCAGGAUUUCGAACAAGCUCAGAAGCCGUGGGCCAAACGACUAAGGAAAGUUUAUAACGGCAAGAAAGAGUACCAUCAGGCGUGUAAAAUGGAGCGGUCGUUACAAGUGCAGGUGCAGAAUGCGAAAAAUGAUCCUUCUGGGACUCCAGAACAGCUCAAGAAGAUGCAGGACAAAUUGAAGAAGGCGGAGAAGGAGGUUGAGCGUACUCGUUCGAACUAUACCAACGCUUUGAACGAUCUGGACGCAGAAAGUCCUCGGUAUUUGGAAGAAAUGACAAAGGUAUUCAAUCGGACGCAAGACUUCGAGCGUGAGCGACUCACUUAUUUCAAAUGUCUUUUCAUGAAUAUGCAGCAGGCAUUGAACGUCACCUUGAAAGUAAACUUCAAAACAAUUUAUACGGAACUGGAACAAUCCAUUUCACUCUGUGAUAUUGAUUACGACCUAAACCUAUGGUCCUCCAAACACGGCGUUGAUAUGCCUGCUUCAUUUCCGAAAUUUGAGGAGUACUCUCCAGAACUAAAUACCAUUAGUGGGAAAAAGCGGUCACAGCUUUCCGAGACUAACAACUCCGUGACCUUGACAGCCAUCAAUCCUGUCAUCAGUUCUCCCACCUCGGCUCCGAACGAGACUGCCGUAAGGCCUGCGAACAAUGGGAUCUCCACCAACGGACCCAAGACCACCCAACCUAAUCCGUUCGACGACAUGUCUCCAUCCGCGGAAGUCAAAACCUUCGAUCAAGCGGAUAUGGAAAAUGCCAGUCGCAGUGGCGACGAAACCCAAGACGCGGAGGAUUUGACCGAUGCAGAUUAUUACGCCUCAGCCACAUAUGAUGACGGUCGCCCAGGUAUACGAGUUCGGGCUCUGUACAACUACACCGGCCAGGAGGACGAUGAGCUCACCAUUGCCCCUCACAUUCCGCAGCAGUCAUGUGUUGUCCGUCCUGUAAUUGAGGCAGAACAAACCUUGUACAUUUGUCUGUCAACUAUGGGGUGGGCUGUACAAUGCCGACUUCAUCACAACUAUGUUCACAUGUCCAAGCGAUCAUCUGAAAAUACUGAGAAUAGGGCGAUUGGUAGAUUGGAGCAUUUCGUACUGUCUCCUCAACCGGUUCACAGGAUUACGGAUGGGACAGCUCAGCAGACCUGUUGUGCCACAAUGUCCAGUACCGCUUACCCGUCACGCAAGUUGCUUCUGGUCAACGUAUAA